CCGUCGACAAUGGCGAUGCACGACGGUGCUCGCCCCGGUAAUUCAGUUCAACAUAAAGCUUUUCUCACUUCUCCAGAGAAAGUUCGCGAACUUCUCAGUGAGGGAGUAUCUUCACCAGAUGUCGGUUCCAACAGACACUGGUGGUGAUGAACUCCAAUGUUGCCACAGCUGCCCUGGGACACACUGAAAGGAUAUUCCAGUGAUCGUUGUGGGAUUUUCUGUCUCAGGGAGGUUAUUAAUAGUUUUAUUCAAAUUUAUUUAACAAGAUGUCUAAAUUAAAGCUUUGUUUGUGUGGUCUCCCUCUUGUUGAUGUUGAUUCCAGUGGACAAGAAGAGUUGAAAGUUCUUGGUGUAAAAAACAACAAUCCAGCAACGUGCGAGGCAACGAACAAAGAAGCCUUUUUCUCAAGAGUGGAAUCGUUUUCAUGUCUGAAAUGGGCAGGGAAGCCACGCAUUUUGUCCCCACUGGUCUGCGCUAGAUAUGGUUGGAUCAAUGUCGACUAUGAUAUGCUUAAAUGCUCCAGCUGCCAGGCUUUUCUUUGUGCAUCCGUACAACCAACAUUAGACUUAGGAAAAUAUGAAAACCGAAUUGAAGAAAUAUCAAGACGGCUUCAGACGCAGCAUGAAAAACUUUGUCCCUGGCCUGACCUUCCAUGUCCAGAGCGGUUCUGGCUGGUUCCUGCCUCCGAACCAUCAGCUCUUCUUAGUGCGCUUUUGGAGCGCUUUGAGAGUGCCUGUCUCUUGGCGCAGCAGCUGCCAGCCAUGAUGCCUGAACAGCUCAAAUCUGUGUCUUUGACUGAGGACGUUAUCAGCACUGUACUGCAGCUGAUUGAAGAAGAACAGAAAAAAAGAGGAGUGACUCCAUGUUCUGAACCUCUGGGUGUGCAGGUGGCUGCGUGCAUAGUCUCCCUCUGUGGCUGGGCAGCAAGCACAACUCUUCAUGCCAUGAGCUUGCCCAUCCUGACCUGCUCCUACUGUAUGAGGAAGGUGGGCAUGUGGAAUUUCCAUCAGAUGGAGGAAGUUGGGAGUGACCCCGAAGCUCCCGCAGAUACUACAGGACACUCUGCUCAAGCCUCAGUGUCGGUGUCCACCAGUGAGAGUCAGGGAGACCCUUCCGCAUUGGCCUCGUUCACCAUAACGACAACUCCAUGUCGUAUGAAGCUUAGGAGCCAGGACUCAACUCGCUGUGACCAGGGUGAAGGCUCCUCUCCUGCUGCACCGCGUGCCAGAAUCAGAGACUCGCCCAGCCCCAAUGAGGAGCUGCCAAGUCCUUUGGCUAGAGGCAAGAGACCAGCUACUCGAAGCCGAGGACAGGGAGAGGCGUCGGGGACCGAUGGAUCUCCCUGUCUACACCCGCGCAAGCUCUUGUGCCUUUCACCGACUGGUGGUCCUGAUGGUCCUCUGCUCCGAAAGGCAUUUGACCCCCUCGCUCAGCACAGGGACUGGUGUCCCUGGGUCUCUGUGUGCAAAGAGAAUGUGGAUUUGAGGGUUAUUUCUGUCUUGGACGGAGGUUCAUCACUUAGUCAGCAAGGUUGGAAAGCUGCUCUUGACAUGCUCUUGCCCACAAAGAACAACUCUGAUGCACAGGGAACAAGCCUGGCACAGGGUGCUCGUGACAAGUCGAAAAAGGUGUUUGCUAUAUUACGUCAGUGGCAGGCCUCCUCUUCAACAUCUCAGUAGACGGUUCAGAUCCACCAACAAGUGAUGAACUGACCUUGCUUUUCAUCUGGUGUAGGGUCCAUCACUUAUAAAAGGAGGGUAGCAUAUUAGUGUAUGCCACCCUUUGGAGUUGUGUUUACAGUCAGUGUUUAUUGGGGAAAUUAACAUGCAUUUCUCCUGUAAGCAGUAAAAUGUGAAGCACACAUUUUUUUACAAUAUAUAUAUAUAUUUUUUUCUUUUCAACUUGGCGUUUGAAAUGUGCUGCUGCUGCUGUAGCCUGGAGAGACUAUGAUAUGCAUACAAAAACAGUCAAACUCAAACAAACCCAUUUACAUGGACAUUUUUGAGACAAGGGAAAGGGCCAGUUACCUCAACACUGGACAGGCUAUGCUUACGUAAGAGUGAAGAGACAUUAACCUCAAAUUAGAAAAACAUACUGAACUGUGAGCAAAUUUUUUUUAUGUUUUAAACAUUGUACUUAGAAGCAAGAGCAAUGUGAGGGUUUUUUAAACUAACUACUGCAGAAAAGUAGAACCUUGUGCCAGAAACAUCAAACCAAUUCUCAACUUCCUUUUCUGAUUUCCUUGGUGAUAAAAUUGUCAAUUCUGUCUUUUUGUCAAGGAUUUAAUAAAAUCAUCCUCAGUGUGUUUGCUUA